ACCCUCUUCCUCCUCCCCGGCAUCCCGAGUCCCCGCGCUCCUCGUCGGUCUCGUCCGACCUGGAGCCGGACUCACCGCGUCCCGGAUCCUCCCGGCCCGGAUCUGCGCCGGCCGACGACGGCGAGGCGUCCUCGCCGCGGCCCCCUUCUGCGCCGGCGAGCCGUCCGGCGCACAACCCGUACGCGGCCGGACUCAAGCCGCGCUGCAACAGCGAGCCGCUGCAGGUCGUGGAGUGCCUGCUCGAGAACAAGGACCUCUGGGACAAGUUUCACGAGCUGGGCACGGAGAUGAUCAUCACCAAGACGGGAAGGCGUAUGUUUCCUACAGUCCGCGUUUCGUUUUCCGGUGCUGAACUCCACACGAAAUAUGCGGUAUACAUGGACAUUGUUCCGGUGGACAACAAGAGGUACAGAUACGCGUACCACCGGUCGUCGUGGCUUGUGGCGGGAAAAGCCGACCCUCCAUCUCCUUCCAGACUUUACCUACAUCCGGAUUCUCCCUUCACCGGAGAACAGCUCAAAAAACAGGUGGUUACUUUUGAAAAAGUCAAGCUCACCAACAAUGAGAUGGACAAACAAGGACAUAUAGUCUUGAACUCUAUGCACAGGUAUCAACCUCGCAUCCACAUAGUGAGAAAAUCUGGGAGCACGACACUAACAUCGCCCUCAGAACUAGAAAAUGAAGAGUUUAGGACCUAUGUCUUUCCAGAAACAGUCUUCACAGCAGUUACAGCAUACCAAAACCAACUAAUAACGAAACUUAAAAUCGAUAGCAAUCCAUUUGCCAAAGGUUUUCGGGACUCAUCGAGGCUCACAGAACUAGAGAGGGAGACAAUGGAAAGUCUCAUGACCGAGCACACUUACUCCAGAACUCCACUCAGGCCAUUCCUGGACCUUGAAAGAGAAGAACUCAACUGUUUGUUGCUUCGGGAGAAAGCAGAAAUGCUUGGACUAACCACGAGGCCUCCUUUCUUUUGGAGGCCUCCAGGACCUACAGGCUAUUCACCGGACUCAUAUCCAUUGUUGUCUUCUCAGGCGGGCUGCUUGCCCCCUCACCUAUACCCAGUGUCUAGAACCAUGAUGGUUCCUCCCCAAGUGAUCCAACAGUGGGCAAAUAGCAACCCAUCCUCGCUGUCAGCAGGACUAAGUCAGUACAACAUGCUGAUGAACAAUAUGUCUUCGUGUCCUCCACCAGUAGGCACUCUGAGGCCACUACCUAGUCAUCCCAGUGAUGGGUCAUCCAAUCAUCGCUACAUGCCUUAUGUUUAUUCCAGAAAAGAACAAACUAAUGGCAAUGAUCCUGAAGCAUCAUCACCUUCUGGUCUGAGAUGAAAUUGUUCUUGAAUCCUCACAGACAUUAAUUUUUGAACAAGUAAUCUUUUGAUGGUGAAAACUGAAACAAGUGGAAAAAUUCAUAAUCAUUUUUCUGUUGAACCAAUGAAACUCAGCAAGUGAAUUGAAAAAAGUUAUCAUCUGUUUACAUAUCACUUGUUAAUAAUCAUUUCAUGCAGAACAUUUGUCACAUAACUGUUUUAAAUGAACGUGUUCAGGAACUUAUUGCCGAAAGCAUCCCUGUGCCCGUACUUUGCACAUGAGCAAUCCGCAUUUAAAACUCAUGUGGAUGGUAAACCGAGAAAUCUUUUAAAACAUAAAUUCUCUAAUAUAUAGCUAUAACUAUCAAUAAAAAAUACCCACAAAACCGAGUGAUAAUUGUG